UAUAUUUAUCUUCAUUCGUCUCUUUACAUUGAAAAAAAAAUCUCUCCUCCAUAGUCCAUCCAACGAUGACAACCAUAGGUGCAUCUGGUCUAAGCGUGGCGACUCCACGAGUGGUAGUUCUACCGGCGGUUCGUGUAUCAGCUCCGGUCCGGUUGAAUUACCCGUGGAAGUUGGGUUCGAUGAACAGGAUGGUUGUGGUAAAGGCGACAUCGGAAGGAGGGAUAUCGGACAAGGUGGAGAAGAGUAUACAAGAAGCCAAGGAGACAUGCGCUGAUGAUCCGGUGAGCGGAGAGUGUGUGGCGGCGUGGGACGAGGUGGAGGAGCUGAGUGCGGCGGCGAGUCAUGCUAGGGACAAGAAGAAAGCUGGUGGCUCCGAUCCUUUGGAAGAGUACUGCAAUGACAAUCCUGAGACUGAUGAGUGCCGUACUUAUGAUAAUUAAUAAUGUUUAGGUAUGGUCAGAUCUCGAUGUUUUUGUUGAUGUUGUUGUUGUUGUUGUUGUCCCUUGUUGUGUUUUGGUUUGGUUUGGUUUGAUGAUUGUAAUGUGAUAAUGAAAUAUCAGAAUAUGGAUAGUACAAUUACAAUACAUAUACCAGGAGUAUAUUUCUCUUACGUU